AUGUCGUCUACCACGCCGGUCUUCAAGAUCGUUCCCACAACGCAGAAGUAUGACUGGGGGAAGAAAGGGCUGUCGUCCAAGGUCGCCCAAUACGCGACCGCGUCGAAGAUCAAAGGAUUCGAGUUAGACGAGAAUGCGCCGUAUGCAGAGCUCUGGAUGGGCACCCAUACCAGUUCACCUGCUCGUUUGCAGUCCGGAGAAACACUGGCCUCUCACUUGGCCGUGCACAAAGAGCUCAUCGGAGAAAGCGUCUUGAACAAAUUUGCCGAUGCAGGCGCGGCGGAGGGCAACCUGCCAUUCCUGCUCAAGGUGUUGGCCAUUGCGAAGGCACUCAGCAUCCAGACACAUCCGGAUAAGAAGAUGGCGGUGCAGCUGCAUAAGGAGAGGCCGGAUGUGUACAAGGAUGCAAACCACAAGCCCGAGAUGGCUCUCGCUUUGACAGACUUCACUGCGCUGUGCGGCUUCCUCCCGCUACCUAAGAUCGCCGCAUACCUGCUCUCCACGCCGGAAUUCGCGACUCUGAUACCUACCACCAUCGCCAGUCGCUUUGCGAACCUCUCACAGUCCUCAAAUCCCACAGGGCCCGAGGAGAAGGCUGCGUUGAGGGAUCUCUUCUCUGCCGUCAUGACCGCGGACGAGACGGUCUUCAAGAUGCAGCUCGAGGUCCUCGUGCAGCGCUACCAGCAUGGUAGCGUUGCAGAUGCGGAGAAAGACAUCCGAGACCUCGUGCUGACCCUGCAUGAGCAGUUCCCCGCAGACAUCGGCGUGUUCUGCGCGUACAUGCUCAAUUACGUGAGGAUGAAGCCGGGCGAUGCGAUCUUCCUCUCUGCGGGCGAGCCGCACGCGUACAUUUCCGGAGACAUCGUCGAGUGCAUGGCGACGUCCGACAACGUCAUCCGUGCCGGCCUGACCCCCAAGUUGCGGGACGUCCCCAACCUGGUCAGCGGCCUAACGUACCAGGCGUCCGAGCCGAGCAAACACCUCGUGCAGCCCAAGCCCUUCGCGAAGACGGCAUCGGUCUCGGCACACAGCACGCUCUACGACCCGCCUAUCCCCGAGUUCUCGGUCCUGCGCGUCGUGCUGCAGGCGGGCGAGGACGAGACACACGCGCCCAUCGAUGGGCCUAGUAUUGCGAUCGUCACUGAAGGUACGGGUGCUGUGCACUGGGGGACUGGCGAAUCUCUCGACGUCUCUGAAGGCGAGGUGUUCUUCGUUGGCGCGGGCGCACAAUUGAAACUGGCGAGCGGCAAAGAGAGGGAUUUGGUUGUGUAUAGGGCGUUUGCGGAGGCUGCGUGAACGAUAUCAUUGAACCGUCACAUCGUAGAGCUCAGGAUGUAACGGGCACCCGCGAUGGCAAAGAAUGUACACCAGCAUCGCCCUCCAUUGCGGAAAGGCUAGCGGGAUUUAAUAACCAUUAUAGCGGCUAGUAUAGAGGGGUCUGCGUCAAAGGCAGAAGGUAAUCUAUGCGCUGCGAAUAACCUAUCGGUGGCUAGAAAAGACAGUCAGCGAAAAUAAGAUACAGGGGGAACUCUAUGUCUACGGAUACACAGGGUCCUAGAUAAUUAAACGCGGAGAAUAUGGUAAAAUCGCGCAAUUAUGUAUGAAUUUCGAAAGAUAAAAGGCGUUUGAAGGAGGGUCAUCGCGAUGUGUAUUUGGCCGUGAUGCCUGCUUGGCAUUACUUAAUAGACAUCCAUGUAUUCGCGGCACUUGGCACGCAGGCGGUCCCAUCUACCGUCAUUCCAAGUGCGGACACGGGCCCAGCCGUCGCGGGGGGAGACUUGUUCGAUCCAAAUCCUGCAAGUAUGG